AUGGGAAUGCAUCAUAAACCAACAGAGUCGUAUCCGGCAAAAAACGCUGAUGCUGCAGAUUUGAUUUCUUUUUCAUUUAUUUUGGCUUGCACUGUCAUCCUGACUAUUUUCCUAAUUUACAACGGUAUAAAAUACCUUUUAUCACGCACCAAUAGCCAGGCCUUCAAAGAUGAAUAUGAACUAACGUCGACACACGCAAAUGAAGAAGAAGAUACUCAGCAGCUGAUGAAAGAAAAUCAGGAGCUGGUACAACAACUUCAACGUGCAAAAAGAUUGUCAAAGGCCGGUUUAUUUGUCGGAUAUUUGAUUCUAACAGCUGGGCUGUAUCUGGGCGUACGAGCAAUACAAGCUGGUCUCAUGAAACAAAAAAUUAUAAACGGAGAAGGGCUGUUUGGUUCUGGAAGCUAA